ACUCACGCGAUCGAAUUUGCUAGAUGUUCAAAACUGUUUGGUGGUAAAAUGGAGUGGCUUCACUGUAACAACUGUUUUCAGAGAGAUGGAAAGUCAUUCGUUGUGUCCAGCUGUGGCCAUAUAUUUUGUGAGAAGUGCAUAAAUACAAGUCAGUGCCGAGUCUGUCAUGUCACCUGUGACUAUCUCCCAAUAUCCGACAAGAUGAAACCUCAGGAAAAGAUGUUUUUCGAAGAUCCGAUGAAACUAAUUCAGACUCGGCUGGAACACAUUGUGCAGAUUGCCAUUUUUCAGAAAAGGCAGAAGGAUCGAGCCAUAGCUUUCUAUAGAAGCAAGUCUAUGGAGCUAGAACGAAGACUAAAAGAAGUCCAUGAUCAAUGCAGCAGGCAAGUGUCUGAUCUCAAAAGAGAGAAUGAAGAACUCAAGAAACCACUUUCUCAGAGAAGGACGUCUCCUGGGACGUAUCAGAUUAAUGGAGGUACUCCAAGAAUGACACUUCCUGUGGCUGUCACAUCACCAGUCACACCUCGCUCUAGACCUGUCAGUUCAAGUGAUACUUUGGAGAGGUUUAGACAUACCAGACUCGGCAUGGCAACUCCCCCAGGUUCGUCCGUCUCUAUGUCAAGCCCGAGUUCAGUACGCGAACAUAAUUUCCGAACACCCAGCUCAGUUAACACCCCCACAAGGUCCCAGCAUACAACCCCAAACUUUCGGUUCCAGCUUUUGACAAUACCUACACUCCAGUCACCACGGUCAAGAAAUGUUCAAUAGUAAUUUGAAGCUGUUUAAUUAAGGGCAUUCAAAAGCCACUAUACAAUCACUGAUACAUCAUAGAAACCCACAUUACCCAAUAGAUGGUAGGCUACAGCAUCAUCUUUUUUUAAAUGGUUAACAUUGUAUUGCCAUUUUUUUAAUUUUUAUAUCAGUUGAUGCAAAUUAAAGGCAAUAUGAUUCAUAAAUGUUUGUAAUUUACUUUGCUGUCCUCCCCCUCCCUUACAUUUUUACACACAAAAUAGCUUUGAUGCCUUUUGCUCGUUCUCUUUGAUGCUAGUUAGGCUAUUCCUAGAGUUUAAAGUACACACAAAAGCAUAACAAGUAUCUUGCUUUUAUCUGGCUCACUUCAAAAUGGAAUUAAAAAAAGAUUCAAUGUGAUGAUUAAAAAAAAAUUUUUUUAUGAUUGAGCCUUUCAUGUGGCACAACUGAAAGGAUGUCCAAA